CCUUUGGGUGGAGUUUGCUGUUACAGCUGGUUACACCCACUUUUUUAUACUUUCUGUGCUUUUCAAGCAGAGAUUUAUUUAUAUGAGUUAUAUGAAUUGAAAAUAGUCUGAUUAAUUGAUUUGUUGAUAAUCUGUUUAUUACAUUUGAUAAAAUAGUUAUUAUAAAUCUUUAUUGUUCAUACGAAGGCCGUCAAUGACUCCACCAACUCAACAACAAUCACCAAAUUCAUUUCUCGCAAGCUUAAGUGCGAGACUCUUACAAAAUCGCAACAUGGGUGGACAACAACAUUACCCGUUACCUAAUCGUAGUGGUCCCCUGUCCGAUUUGUUUGAUGCAGCAACCGUUCACAAUAACAAUCUACUUGCCAAUUUUAGAGCAGCCAAUACUUCUCAUUCCAAUUUCGGUAUUCCUACGGUCUCUGAAUCAGGUCGAGGCCCUCCAAGUGCCCUUGACCUUAGUGAAUUUCCGUCUCUAAGUGGUGGUAGUGUUAGCGGUUCCUUAUUUAACUCUAAUUCUGGAGCACCUGGCUCUUCUAGACCUCCUUACGUCGGUAUGGUUAAGGAUAAUGUUCCAACUAGCUCAUCGAGUGGUGAAUUUACUAUUCUUUCGGAAGAUUUUCCAGCUUUACCGGGUUCCACGACAAAUGUCCAUUCGAAUAGCGGAGGAAGCGGGGGUCAUGAUAAUGUCAACCCUAACCAAAAUUCAAGCUCAGGAUUUAGUGGUCUUCUUAGUUCGUCUAGUUCGGUAGUAGGAAAUAACUCGGUCAGUUCUGGUAUCGGAACUGGCAUAGGAAGAGACGGGAACUCUGGGUCUGGAGGUCAGUCAUUGGGAUCAAUUUCAAUUGGACCAUCCAAUGUUAAUUCAUCUUCAAAUGAAACUUCGUCCACAGGCGGUGCUAUAACUGGUAACAGUGGAGUGAUAUCAUCUAGUAAAUCCUUAAAACGUGGAAUACAAACAACGAAGGAAGGUCGAGUAACAAAUAUACCCCCAGGGAUGGUAACAGAUCAGUUCGGAAUGGUUGGUUUGUUGACGUUUAUCCGUGCUGCUGAAUCUGAUCCUAAUUUGGUCUCACUCGCACUCGGUAUUGACCUGGGUACCCUUAAACUGGAUCUCAACUCUGCUGAAAACCUUUACUCCACAUUCUGCGGCCCUUGGUCUGAUCAACCUCUGAAACCUCAUGAAAUGGACUAUCCUGUUCCUCAUGAAUACUUGAUAAACAGUCAAAUAAGAGAAAAAUUAUUGCCUAUUAAGUUAAGUCGUUAUGGUGAUGAUACUUUGUUCUUUCUAUUUUAUAUGUUCCCUAAUGAUCUUAUACAAAUUGCGGCAGCAAGUGAAUUAUACUCUAGAGAUUGGCGUUAUCACAAAGAUGAAAAAGUUUGGAUCACUCGAGCCCCUGGGAUGCCACCAAUCGAGAAAAGUCAAAAUUAUGAAAGAGGAACUUAUUAUUUUUUCGAUGCCAGCAGUUGGCGACGAGUUGCCAAAGAGUUUCAUCUUGAUUACGACAGAUUAGAAAAUCGACCUGUAGCUUCCCCUUACUCUCAUGUGGCUAAUUUAGUGGGCCAACAGACAACACCUACCGGUAGUUUAGUCUCUCUGUGAAACAUAAACUAAUUUUCUUUUCCCUCCAUUCCUUAUUCCCUUUUUCCCUCCCUUACCUUCCUCCACUACUUUUUUAUUGUCACAUUUGUAAAAAUCAAGGAAUAGAUGAGCAUUUUAUGAAAGAUGCACUGUGGCUUUUUGGUCA